GGCAGUUCUGCGCACGCUCGGGAGCCAUAUUCGCCGCGGAUGCUUGGCCAUCCGUGUUGGUUCUUCUCCAGCUGAGUAAAGCGGCGCCGAUCUGCACCCCUCACUGUCUUCCUCCGGAGUUACAUAAAGUUCAGAAGCCAUGUCUCGAAGAUAUGACUCCAGGACCACAAUAUUUUCUCCAGAAGGUCGGUUGUACCAGGUGGAGUAUGCCAUGGAAGCUAUCGGGCACGCGGGCACCUGUUUGGGGAUCUUAGCCAAUGAUGGAGUCCUGCUUGCCGCAGAGCGGCGCAACAUCCACAAGCUUCUGGACGAAGUCUUUUUUUCUGAAAAAAUCUACAAACUUAAUGAGGACAUGGCUUGCAGUGUGGCAGGCAUCACAUCUGAUGCUAACGUCCUGACUAAUGAACUAAGGCUCAUUGCCCAAAGGUAUUUAUUACAGUACCAGGAGCCAAUUCCGUGUGAGCAGUUGGUUACAGCACUGUGUGAUAUCAAACAGGCUUAUACACAGUUUGGAGGAAAGCGUCCCUUUGGUGUUUCUCUGCUGUACAUUGGCUGGGAUAAACACUAUGGCUUUCAGCUCUAUCAGAGUGACCCAAGUGGAAAUUACGGGGGAUGGAAAGCCACGUGUAUCGGGAACAACAGUGCUGCAGCCGUGUCAAUGUUGAAACAAGACUACAAAGAAGGAGAGAUGACUCUAAAGUCGGCACUUGCUCUCGCUAUCAAGGUGCUAAAUAAGACCAUGGAUGUUAGUAAACUGUCAGCUGAGAAAGUGGAGAUCGCCACACUAACAAGAGAGAAUGGAAAGACUGUGAUCAGAGUCCUCAAGCAGAAGGAAGUAGAACAGUUGAUCAAAAAACACGAGGAGGAAGAAGCUAAAGCUGAGCGGGAGAAGAAAGAAAAAGAACAGAAAGAAAAGGAUAAAUAAACAAAAUCACGGAUUUUAUAACUCCUUAGAGGCACCAAUUCAGUUAGGCGUGGUCCUGGCCUUCUACCCUGGAAAGGUUUUUUGUUAUUUUUUUCUUCUUUAACUUGCCCAUCGGGGAAAUAGGACAUUACAUACUGAAUUGGGUCCUUGUCGUAUCUGUCCAGUUGGAUCUUUAUUGUAAUGAUGGACAUCUUUAUAGACAUCUUAAUCUUAACACAUAAUUUUUUGGAAUAAAAUUUAGAAAGAUUGGU